AUGAGACGAUUCAAAGCUGCAACGGAAAUCUGUGAUGCUGUGCUGUUAAACCACAUAGCACCAAGACACACUCGUCAACUCUCAACAGCUGUUCAACGACUAACCUCCAUCACAACCUCGCUCUUAUCUCUCACUACCACUUCUCGAUCCCCAACAUCUGCUAGAGCGACAAGACAGCAGGAAUCAAUUCGUCAUGCCUCAUCUUCCUCUCCCUUAUCCCCAAAACUUCUCAAAACCCCUCUCUACGACCUGCAUAUCGCCAAUGGAGGAAAAAUGGUCCCCUUCGGUGGUUUCUACAUGCCAGUUCAGUACUCCGGACUCUCGGUGAGCGCCUCGCAUCAUUUUACGAGAGAGCAUGCUAGUCUUUUCGAUGUGAGCCAUAUGGUUCAACAUAGAUUCGAGGGGCCGGGGGCAACGGCAUUCUUACAGAGGAUUACACCGGCUAGCAUUGCGAAUUUGGCUUUACAUCAGGGAGGGCUGAGUUGUUUGUUGCAUCCUGGGACCGGGGGGAUUGUGGAUGAUACUAUUAUCACGAGAUUAGGACCGGAGAUCUUUUAUGUGGUUACGAACGCGGGAUGUAGAGAGAAGGAUAUGAAAUAUUUGAGAGAAGAGUUAGAGGGGUUUGUGAAGGAUGGGGGGGAGAGGGUUGGGUGGGAAGUGUUGGAAGGGUGGGGAUUGGUUGCGUUGCAGGGGCCAGAGAGUGAGAGUAUUUUGAAGAAAGUUUUGGCCGAGAAUAUGGAGGGAAGCUUUGAGGAUUUUUUGUUUGGACAGUCGAGAUUUAUGAAAAUAUCUUUGGUUGAUGGAACAAUAUCUGCGGAUUUGUUGGUUAGUAGGGGCGGUUAUACGGGAGAAGACGGAUUUGAAAUAUCAAUACCGGAGCACGAGACGGUCGCUGUUACCGAAGCGUUGUUAAAGAGCGCCGGGGAGAAAAAGCUGCAAUUGGCGGGGUUGGGAGCGAGAGAUAGUUUGAGAUUGGAGGCGGGCAUGUGUUUAUAUGGACAUGAUUUGGAUGAUACGACGACGCCUGUAGAGGCGGGCCUGGGAUGGAUUGUAGGAAAAGAGAGAAGAACAGAAGGGGGCUUUCACGGCGCUGAAGUUAUUCUUAAGCAACUCGCCCCGAAAAGUAAAGGUGGAAGUGGAAUAGAGAGAAGAAGAAUUGGCUUGAUAGUUGAAGGUGCACCAGCUCGGGAAGGCGCGGACAUCGUAAAUGAUAAAGGAGAGAAAAUUGGUAAUAUCACAAGUGGAUGUCCAAGUCCGACGUUGGGUAAGAAUGUGGCGAUGGGUUAUAUUAAGGAUGGGUUUCAUAAGGCGGGUACGGAUGUGAGUGUAGUGGUGAGGGGGAAGGGGAGGAAAGCGACGGUUACUAAGAUGCCUUUUGUGCCGUCGAAGUAUUGGAAGGGACUAAAAGGAACAUCUCCUGCUUGA